AUGGGCAAGGACUACUAUCAAAUUUUAGGCGUUCAACACAACGCCACCGACGAUGAAAUUAAAAAGGCUUAUCGCAAAAUGGCUUUAAAAUACCAUCCUGAUAAAAAUAAAGACAAAAAUGCCGAAGAAAUAUUUAAGGAUGUGGCUGAAGCUUACGAAGUAUUAAGCGAUAAAGAAAAGCGCGGAAUUUAUGACCGUUAUGGUGAACAAGGACUCAAAGGUCACUUUGCUGAUGCAUCCAGCAAUGAUAGCCACGGCACCUACUCGAUGCCGCAUGGAUUUAAGGCUUAUACAUUCCAUGGAGAUCCAUUCCAAACUUUUAGCCAAGUCUUUGGGACAGGAACUCCUUUCGCUGAGUUAUUUGGAUCGACUGGUGGCACUUCACGCAAUGGCCAUUUCAGUAUGUUUGAUAACUUUGAUGGCGGCUUCAAUGCCAACCAUGACGAAAGUCCUUUUAUGUCUUUCACUAAUGGCUUGGAUCGUGAUCAUCAAGCAGGGUUAAAGCAAGACCCACCUUUGCUGAAAGAACUUUAUCUGUCGCUGGAAGAGCUCUAUUCUGGAUGCACCAAACGAAUGAAAAUCAAUCGAAAAGUCGUCAAUUCCAUGGGUCAAGAGACAAGGCAAGAAAAAGUCUUAGAAAUCAACGUUAAACGAGGCUGGAAAGAAGGCACCAAGAUCACCUUUCCUAAUGAAGGCGAUUCCUUUCCUAACAGGAAGCCUGCUGAUAUCAUCUUUGUCAUUAAAGAGAAGCCUCACCAAACUUGGAAACGCGACAAUAACGAUUUACAGUAUACCGUCAAAGUCAACUUAAAGGAAGCCUUGCUUGGAACAAAGGUCUUUGCACCCAUCAUCGCAGGUGGCGUGAAAGAAAUUACAAUUAACGAAGUCAUUCGACCUGGCUAUACGUACACCAUUCGCGGAGAAGGCAUGCCUCUACCUAAAAAUCCUAAUUAUCGUGGCGAUUUGGUGCUUAAAUUUGAUAUCGAUUUUCCCAAGCAUUUAUCAGACCAUAGCAAACAACUACUGAGAAAUGCACUACCGUAA